AUGUUCAUGAAUUGUGUCGCCGGGCAAAAUGACAUUUUUGAGUGGGCGAGAGACCAUCAGGUUCAUCACAAGUGCUCUGAAACCGACGGAGACCCGCACAACGCGAAAAGAGGAUUUGUUUUCGCACAUAUUGGAUGGUUGAUGGUCAAAAAGCACCCAGAUGUGAUAAAGAAAGGGCAGCAGUUGGAUCUUAGCGAUUUGUAUGAAGACAAAAUCGUUAUGUUUCAGAGGAGGUAGUAAGACCAAUAUUUAAAUGUGUUUUAAGAGCUUAAUUAUUUAUGUUAUUAGUAUAUCCACCUGCUGUUGAUAACAACUACCCACCCUUCUCCCUGCAACGUUAAGACAAUAAUUGGCAAAAGAUCAAGAGCGUAAGGAAAACUAAGGGGAGCUUUAAGUUUUUUUCUGCACUAUUAUAUUAUAAGUGCUUUUACGUUACAUAAGCUUUGUCACUGUUAUGUAGAAGUACCUCUCUUCACGUCUGGGAGGAGAUAGUGACAUAGUGACACCUGUGAGGGGGUAGCGGCCAUUUGUGAGAAAACUUAGAAGGUUUUGAAACCGAUCCCCCAAUUUAUCUUAGCUUUUUAGAAAUGAUCCCCCAAUAAAUUUUAGAUAUUGUGAAAGUGACCCCCCCCCCCCAUCAACUACAAAUGUUCUGCUUUAAAUCGUGCCGAUCAAGUUCACCACAAAAUUUAUCUAAAGAGCGGUGUUUACUACUUACUGCUGUUACAUUCAAUUUCAAUUCAUGCUCGUUACUGCUUUGACUUACUUUCAUGAAAUUGAUUAAAAGGACCCCAGAUAAUACUCCCUUAUCAGAAAAUGAAUCCCCAAAACCAAUUAAGAUUUUGAAAAUAAGCCCCCAGCAAAAUAGCUGGCCCCGCCUAACAGGUAAAAACUGACCAGCCCUUGAAGGUUUAUGUUGGUGUUGAUUUAACCACUAUGUCUAGGAUUGAACGCACUAGCAAAAAUUUGCCAACUAAGUUUUUUCGAAAUUGUAGCAAAAAAAUGAUUCACAAGAAAAUUUUGUGCGACACUCACUUGCAAAUAUCGCAAAAAUAGCAAGAAUAACAAAUUUAUCAAAAUUCUUGACUUGCCUCGAGAAGGCCGCAAAUUUCGCCAAAAUCGCAAAAGUAGCAAGAAUUUUUCUUGCUGCCUAAAUAGACUGAGAAACAAAUAUCGCAAGGAUAGCAAGAAUAACAAAUUUACCCAUUAGAGGGCCUUCUUUACCUUCAUUAACUUUUGCUAAAUUUGUUAUUCUUGGUAUUGAUUCGAUAUUUGUUAAAGCGUUUUUCUUAUUGCAAUGAAAACUCUUGUUACUUUUGCAAUUUUUGCGAAAGUUUGUUAUUCUUGUUAUAGAUCGUUUUCACAUGACGUCACGGCGGUCGUAUUUGUUAAUAAAAAAAAUCCUGUGGGAAUUGAACUUUUUUCACAUGUUAUUAAAAUAAAACUUUCUUUUAUUCCAAGCAAUUUGCAAAGCCGCUGACCACGUAAAUGAAAACGAUUUAUUCUUGCGAUAUUCAUCAGGGUGUUUUAUUGUUCCAAUGAGAUUUGUUGUCACUUUUCUUGUGAUUUUUGCAGACUUUUUUCGUUUUCUACAAGCAGUUUCUAUUAAACAUGUUUUUGCUAAAAUUGCGACAAAAAUUUGCCAGUGCGUACAAUCCUGGACAUAAGUGCAGAGAUUUAACAUGAGGCUUUUGCUGUUGCUUGAGAUAGCUUAGUUGAAAGGAGUAACUAAAAAGGUCCUAACAAAUAACUUAAAGGAAGAUUGUUAGGUUUAUUACUAAAUGUUUUCCUUUACCUUAUUCCAGG